UCUGUUUCUCGCACGACUGCUUCUCUAUGCGGACCGUGUGCCGUGUGCCGAUCCGUGGACCUAACAAUAACAAUCGUCGAUACCGCAAGCGCGGUCGAGCCGCAUGAGCGGCGAUCAGGUUUUCUUAGCGAUCUCACGAUGGAGGCAUCGCGCGCUAUUUUACGACUCCGUCGCGGUGUGCCGUCAUGAUAUUGCCGUCGACGAAGGUCACGUCGCGCAUCGCGAGCUUUACGCGCGAAGCGCCGUCACGCGACCCGCAUCCCAGUGAACACCGCGCAACCAUCGCCUUCGUCCAGGAUGACAACAAUGUUCAAUAUCUUUUGGAUAAUAUGCCAAUACCUAUGCAUAAGGACUUUGCUAAUACGGUACAUGGAGCUGGGGACGCUAUAUCAGACGAGGAUAAAAUGGAAGAUAUACUCUCUUAUAUUUCUUUUGAGCCAAACAUUUUGGACUUUAAAGAAAGACAACUUGGUAUUCCUCAUCAAGAAACUGUGAUCAUGUUUAACAAAGAUCACAAUAAAACUAUACACCUGUCAUCAAUAUCUGGAAAUACAAGACAUUUCCAUUCAUCAUUUUUUCAAAAUAAAAUAAUUCCACCACUGGGGAACACAACAUUCAAUGUUGUCUUCCUCGGUCGGGACGAAGGUGAUAUUGAUACACACCUUUUUAUACAUACAUCAGAUGGGACGCUAAAGUAUCAGGUCAAAGGAAUAAGUGUCGGUAGUCCUUAUAGACUCAGACCUGUAGUCGGUGUCAAGUUACCAUUAAAUGCAUCUUUUACACCUCUUAUAUAUAUGCACAAUCCACAUCCGGAAGCUUUACAAGUGGUGGAAGUAUACAGUAGUGGUGGAGAAUUUGAUUUAGAAUUGCCAUCGGGAGAGUCAGAAGGUACACGGGAAUUAUGGGAAAUUUUACCUUAUCAAACAAAGCCUGUCAUCAGAUUACGUUUUAAUGCUUACACAGAAAAGAAUCAUACAGCGUACGUUAGAUUUAAAGUGAACAACACUGCAGAGAUCCUUGUUGUAGCGAUUGAAGUAGAAGUGAAAAGUGGAGCUGGUCUUCAUUGGGGUGGAAGUUCUGGAGUAAUUAAUUUAGGGAUGGGUGGUUCGUUGCAGCCACCCAUCCACCACCCUAUUGCUUUGAAGAAUUCGGCAAAAAAAGCAAUCAAAGUUGUGAAUAUUAUAAGUACACCUGUGUCGAAAGCAUUAAAGCUACAUUUUGAGCCAGCAAUAAUUCCAGGAGAAACGGAUAUACCAAUCGCCAUCGGAAUGCUGGUUUAUGAUUGGAAGACUGGUUUGGACUUGCAACACUUUAAAGGCAAGUUGAUAAUAAAAGCAAUAGGAUCAGGCGGCUCUAGUCAGAAAUUAGCAAUUCCAUGGGUGGCUCAAGUGCUACAAGGUGGACUAGAAGUGAACGCAUCGAUUACCCAUUACUGUUCUCCGCAAUCCAAUCAAGCUAGAAACUUCAGCGUGGUGAACAAGUUUAAAUUACCACUAGCUAUUACGAACGUCACAAUGUGUUCGAACGCGAAAUCGCUUUUUACGAUAAAAGAUUUUACUCCUAGAGUAAUAAAACCUGAGCAAAAGGUCAAUAUAUUUUCUUUACAACUUGCCAAAGAGCGAAAGGGUGAUAACGUGAAAAUGGAAUCGUCGAUAUUGAUACACUCCAAUGUGUCUGUGACCGAAGUCCCGCUGUUGAGUUAUGAUGGCAAAGUGAGAAAGAUAAUGCCAGGAGAGAGAGAGGACGAUAUGGGAACCUUGAAUUUUGGUACUGUUGGAAGUGGUACUGAAAACGAGGCGAUUUUUGCACUGGAGAAUCAAAACCCCGUUAAUGUGGAGCUACAUGGCUGGGGUGUGAAUAUACCAGGUGCAGUUUUAGAAUUGAUAGGAUGUCAAAACGGUCCGGCGGAUUUGUUGGACAAGGAGUUUUUAAACGUAACUGUAUGCAGCCAUUCUGGGAAUCAGUACAUAAAACCAGGGUUCUUGGCGAUCUUUAAGAUCAAAGUAAAGACUCCGAUAGUCGAAGAGGACACUAUUGUUGGCGAAGUUUUCGUUCGAACGACAUACGAACGAUUUAAUUUGCCGGUGUAUAUGCGAGUUGCACACGGUAGAAUCUCCUUGAAGAAGCUCACUUUUACAGAUUGCUUCCCUGGAUCGAUUUGUGUGCAACAAGUAAAGGUGCACUCCACAUUCUCGAAACUGAUGGAAGUAACACACAUUGCACCCAUCAACAAAGACGACAGAAUCAAGUAUAUCCCAUUGGAGGAAGCGACGAUGCCAAUCAUAUCCAAGGGUGAAAAUAACGUCGGUUCGAUACAAAUCGAUCCUUCGGUGACCUGCAAGCAACAUUGCUACGUAGGUUUAUCAGUGGACAGCAAUACAGGUAGCCAAUGGUUGAAUACGAUGAGCCUUCCUUCGCAUACUCGCGACACCGAUUUGAAUCUGCUGAACACGCGACACUCACGUUUUCUCAACUCCAUCGUGGAUGGCACGUGGGACAACAUAACGAUGCAGCUGGACACGAGCGAAGUACGCGGUCACAGGUUCUACGUGAACGUCAAACCGUACUGGCCCAGCUUAUUGGCCAGCUCCAGUAGCGUAAAGAAUAAGAGUGUCCUGAUGUUUCCGUUGACUCAGGUCGGAAAUACGUCGUACAGAGAAAUCAAACUGUAUAAUCCGAGCACGAGUCCGCUGAUUGUGCAGCUAGUUAUGGAUUGGAGUUAUCCUCAAGGAGCGCGCCUUUAUCAUUCUUUGCCGAUCAAAUUUAAGCCUGUGUGCAUAGAAUGUUCGUCCACGGUACCGGAGGAGUUCAAGUUGGAAGAGAAUGCGGACGAGCGAGAAUCGUUUGAGAAACAGUGGGGUGUAUCCGUGACGCCUCAGUCACUUCCCUUAUAUUUAAAUCCGUUGGAAUCGAGGACGAUUCGUGUGACGUAUACACCUUUUGCGGCUUCAGCGUCGUCUGGUUUUUUAUAUAUUAGGAAUAAUAUGACUAUUUUAGAAGUUGUACGUAUGAUUGGUCGAGGCGCGAGCGCGCAAUUUAGAUUUGGGAAUCGCAAGCCAGGCUCGACUACGCCUCUGCUGUUUCAAUUGGCGGACAAGCAUCUUAAAGAUUGUGAACGAGACCGCAGCAAACAUGCUACGACACCAAUCCUCACUGCAAAGCGAUCUUUCACGGCCAGAAAUACGGGCGAGCUGCCAAUUGAGAUCUACGGUUUCUACAUAAACGGCUUACCGUGUGAGGGUUACGGUUUCAAGGUACUCGAUUGCGAAGCUUUCAAGCUGACUCCGAACGCGACCAAGAUGAUCGAGAUAGCGUUCACGCCGGACUUUACCCUGUCGCGCGUAGAGCGAAAACUGCUGCUACUGACCAGUGUCGGACCGGACAGCGGCGACGUUGAGAACGGUGUGGUGAUGUUUAAUUUAUUGGCCACUUUACCGGCGUAUUCGUUGGAUUCGUGCGGAUCCGUGCUCGCUAGACCGUGGUGGGAGCGCGUAGGGCAAUGGCUUGCUGUCGGUCUGUCGCCGGUACUGCUGGUGUGUGUGCUCAUAGUCUCGUUCAUCGAGGCAGACCGAAUACUGCGGGAAUCGCUGGCCAGUUACUCAAAAGAAAGCCCGGUACAACCGCCUUUAGACCUGAGGCUUUUGUCGCACAUCUCACCGGGACAUCCGACGACCCCCCCGCACGUCGGCAGCGUCACGACGAAGAAUGAGAAGGUCGGGGCUAGCGACGAGAAGAGCAAAACUAGAACAAGGGAUGAAUCUUUUCCAGAUUGGUCGUUGAUGAACGUGAAAAAAUACAAGGAUAAGGAUGUGCAGAAGGGAUUGAAGAUCCCGGACUGGUCAGCUGAUGAGGAGCGGAGAUUUAAGCUGGACACAGAGUCCAAGGACCUGCUGCCCUUUAAGCGAUGCGAGGAACCGCCUAACGCGGAUAAUACCGCGGCUAACAUCGCGAGUGCUGCGACAUACGGCACGAAGAGAAGAAACAACAAGAAACUAAGCAAUAUUCAUGAGGCUCAAUCGGACAACUGCACGGCGAAUGAUAUACUCGCGGAUGUUCAGUUGGUUCAAGAGAAAAGGUGCAUCCUCAAUGCGAUUACCAAAUCGAGUCCGACGUCGAACAGGAAGGGAAAAACAAUGACGACGACGAUGACGACAAUGACGACGACGACGACGACAACAACGACGACGUCGACAUCGACGACGACGACGACGACGACGACAAUGCAGUCGACGAUAACGCAAUCGAGUAUCAAGGAAGAAUCCAAGUUAACUGAUCACGAAAUUCAAGUGGACACGGGAAUGAUAAGUAAUAAUCGGGUUACAAAAUCGGACAACAAACGGAAGCAGACCAACAGCGCAACAGGAAACAACAAUCAUCCUAGUAAUUCCGUUGUAUUGAAAAAAUUCGAGUCCGCGAGCACUCAAAGGAUUGUUCACCUUUCAGAGGAAGAGACCUCAUCCACAACAACGGAAAGUUCGACUCACGAUGAGACUACAUCGUGUAAAGAUCAAUCGUGCGGAAAGCAAGAAAAGCUCCAACGAAAGCCGAUAACUAAGAAAAGCAAACCUCAGUCUAUUCCUACUGUGCCAUGCGUAGAUUAUAGGGAUAAUUAUGAAGGCGAUUGUGAUGACGAUGACUACGAUAAAGAGAGGCAGAAUAAUCCAAAUAGAUGGAAAACUAGUAUUGCUAGAUCUACCGUGAAACAUCAUGUUCACACCUCGCGCACUGUUGAGUCAUCCCUUAAGUUACCACGUCAAAGUAAGAAUCCACCUCGAAAAGAGAAGUCGGUGCAGAAACGUCGUGGAACUGAAAAGACACACGUGAAAACAAAUGUUCCUGUGAACGGCAAUGGGAGCCAAAAAGAGGACGUAACACGCAUGUCGGGAACCAUCUCCUCUGCUCCACUACCACCUCCGCCCUCUUGCUGGGGCGAGAACAGAGCCAAGUUCAGCGAUGUGGUGGCACGAAGUCAGGAGAUUGUCUCGUCGUUUUCCAAUUUAAGUCACGUACACAAAAGUCAGACGAGUGUGUCGGGCAUGUCGACGGUGUUCGGCACCGAUAUCAAAGAUGUUCAAUAUACCAAUAAGCCGAUGCAGUCGACGCAAGAGUUACUACAAACACGAAAGGAAUAUAGUCUGAUGUCAAGACCGGCCUCCCUUUCUGCCGCAUCUUCGGAUAAGGAUAAAAUACUUAAGCCGGACCCUUUGAUUCUGCAGUCGGAUACACAACAUUCGAACAGUUACUUCAUCAAUACUUUCGUAGAACAUCCCUUUGAACGCGAACUGGUGCCGUACGACGACCUCCCAGAAACCGACGAGCCUUUGAUCGAAUUGGAAACCCCCGAAGAGGACACACGGUGCCAACUGUGGGAGGAUACUGGUCCUAUGAUAAAUUUAUUGUCGGAUACAAGCGCAGUUACAAACGCAGAUAAUUGGGCGACAGUCGAUAUGAAUUGGGAACCGUUGUACACUAGAGCAGCCGUUGGAGAAGAACGAAGUGGUGUGUGGGGAGUCAAUACGGGUGGUGUAUGGGCAGCAGCGCCUUGGGGUGCCGCCGCCGCACCGCCUGUGGUAUCGCAAACGUUGCAGUCUGAGUCGGAAAACCAAGAGAGGUCGGGCUUCGAUCCAUUUCGUUCGCUUAGCACCAUAUGGACGCCAUCGUCGACGGAAUCAUGGAGAACGAAGCGCGAAGACUAAUUGAAUCGGAAACUUGGAACUCGUUUUAUCUUGUGAUAUCGUAGACUUAUUUCUGACAAUUUCUCGGCAAAAAUCGAAAAUAACGACAAUUUUAACCGCGGCAGCAGCAUACAUGCGACCGGUAACAUUGGAAAUUACGAAAAUCGUUACGUUUUGCUGCAACUGCGCUUUGCACACUAUGUGAUAUGUGUAAUUAUUAUUACGUUAUGCGACAGUAAUCCUGUUGGUCUGUCCAACGAGUGAUUUUCGUGUAGUUUCUUAAACCAAAAUCUAGAAAUGUUAUAUUAUUUUAUAUUUCGUAACUUAAAACAUAUUUGCGAUGCGAUGCCUUAAAUUAUUUGCGAGUGAGAUACGUCGUGCAUGUGCAGGAUAAUGGUGGAUUAUUAUAAAAAAAUUUUGUUUGCCUGUGCGAGUAAACCGUGAAUGAAAGAGAUAGCUGGACCGAGCGUUAACUCCGACCGAAAGGUACCAACGACAAACUGAGAGUAAGUAAGAUAGUAAAAGGAAGUAACGCCGUAAGCUUUCCCUUACCGCUGUUCUCUCUCUCUUUCUCUCUCUCUCUCUCUCUCUCUGUUAAAUGCUUAUUGCCAUCUUAUUCCUUCCACGUACGGUCUCUCACGUGAUCAUCUUGUGUGAGGGAACAAAAUGACAUAGUAUCAAAUCACGUUUACUAUCUCGUUUUUUUUUACUAAUCUCUUUUUGCCGGUAUCUUUUAUCCUAACUCUCUAGUCUGGUUAUCCUUUCAAACACGGGAUGAGCACAAUUGACUACACACACAAUGGAGAUGGAACAUAACAUGUGAAAUUGCAGAACGACUUUGGAAAAAGGAAAGAAAGAAAAAAAAAGAAAAAAAUACAAUCUCAUGUUAAUCACACACAAAACUUGUUAGUUUAAAGAAGCGAGUAUAUCGUUAUAUACGUGGCUUAUGGAAAACAAGAAUUAUAAUUUACUCUACUCGACCAGAGAACACAACUCCUCCUUUCUUUCGCGCGUGAUUGUCUGCGUGCGUAUGCAAAACACGAGAGAAAAGGGAAGAAUUUUACGCUAAUCCGACGGCUGUAUCGAGAGAUACUCAAUCUUGGUAUUUAUUGCCACGAGUGAUAAUUAAGUUAUUCGAGACGAGUAAGAACUGUGAUUUUUUAUAGUCUUGACUUGUAGGGGAUACUUGCAGCAAAUUUUCAAGAUGUUUUACAAGGUUACGACGCCGUAUACAGAGCGAAAAAAAAAA